AAUGAUUACACAUAAAAGGAAUUCCAAAGCUCAUGAUACUCUUAAUAAAAACAUGUGAUUGGGGAUUAUUCUAGAUCUGUAAAUUGGUGCAUUUUGAUUAAAGAUAUUGGUUUGUGAAUUUUGUGGAAAUCAGAUGGAUUUAUUUGUAUAAUUUUUGUGCCUAUCCAUUGUCAUGUAUGAAGGAUAAAUCUACGUUGUGACCCGGACCUGAACAUGAUCUUCCUUUACACUUUGUUUGUGUUGUGUACCGCCGUCACAGAAGUAUGGACAUGUACUUGCUUCCCAACACACAUUCAGAAUCACUACUGUAAAGCUCGGAUUAUUUUGGUCGCUACGGUAAAGGACAGCGAAGACGUUUAUCCAAACAGUAUCAUUAAGGCACCAAAUAUGAUGAAUCCGGAAAAUCCAUAUGCAAGAAUGCCAAUCGAAAAGAAGUAUAAAGUCAGGAUACAUCGCUUUUUUAAGGGCAAGGAACUGCUGGGAAAGCAUGGAAAAAGAGUGAAAUACAUCCAUACCUCGGCGUCGGGGGCUGCUUGUGGACUUACACUCAACAAAGGCAAAACGUACAUCCUGUCAGCCAGGAUACAAAGACAGGGAGAGAUCUGGUCAAGUAUGUGUGACUGGGUUCAAAAUUACAAAACACUGAACCGACAUCAGCUUAAAGGGAUCAAAUUCUUCUACAAGAGGAACUGUAAAUGUUCAGUGUCCUGGUGUCAAGGGAGUUACUGCCGGGGUCCCGGUCCCAAAGAAUGCGAAUGGAUCCCCAAAAUGUACACAGACUGCCUCCAAGAACACGGCUUUUGUAUGAUCAAUUCUAGGGGUGUUUGUCAGUGGAAGAAAAACAAACAGUUGAGAAAAUGUUUAGAGAAAAAUAAUCAAAACAUGCCAGGAGAAGAAAAUGAGUAUUACGAAAUACCAAGAGAUGGUCCGCAUAGACCCGGGGAGUUCCAAAGCUGGCGAUCAUCACAAAAUCACGAGGUGUAUUUACCUAACAGAUACGAUAUAAAAUGAGCUGUGUUGCUAUCACUAGCAAACAAUUCUACAGAGGCCUUACUGUACAUUUGUAUAAAUCAGCUAACUACAUUUUUUCAAUAGAAUAUUAACUCACCAACCCUUUUCCUUUUGCCAAAGAAUUCAGUCAUUUUCCCCCAUUUUUUUUUGUCAUAAGAAUAUUAAAAAAAAAAUAGACAUCACUGAAUGAUGUUCAAAAUUAUGAAGAAGCUGCCAACACUACAUCAUGAAAAAUGAUCUUUGUCUAUAAUCAUGCCAAUCCUUUCAACCUAUGAAAAACAUUUUUGACAGGAAUCAAAGUUAAAAAGAACUUGUUAAAAUUUUUUCUAGCACUUAAGUAAUUUAUGCCGCAGGUCCACAGAAAUAAAUUUGUAUACGGGUUUUAAUGGGUACAUCAA